UGCUUGCGUUACAGUGAAGGCAUUCAAGGGACGAUGGGAAAGUUGCCGGAGCACACAAGUCUUUCAUGGCUCUGUAGGAGUAGGGCAUGUGUUGAGCAGUGUUGGCUUUGAACAGUUACUUGUGAGCUUGGUGACUGGCUUCUUCAUAAAGGAGGCCGAGAAAUUAUGAAAUCUAGGAUAGAAAAGAAGAGAGAGUACAGUGAAGUGAAGACCGUCACCUGUCUUUCCCAGCACUUUAAAACUUUAUUUUUUGCCCAGCCACCGAGAUUCUUUCGAGCUUUGUCUACCUCUUCCUCUCUGGAUGAUGUGUUUCACUAAGCCAUCGGUUAGUGUGGGUUGUGUUUUUGGUGGUCAAUUUAGUAAUGAGAAGUUGGAACGAGGAAUUAGAGGUUUCAUGUUGUGAUGAUAGCGUUGACGGCAGUACUAGCAUGGGCUUACGUGAAUGUGACUGAGAAGGGGUUUAGGUGAUUCCCGUUUUGCGUUUGAUACGUGAUCAUUGGUCUUCGGGUAUACUGAGCUGCAUUCGAUACGCUUUAGUAUCUUAGGUUCUGGCUCGAUGCCCCCUGGAAGCAGAUGUGGAGUCGCAUUUGAUUGAUGCAUGUCUCCGAUUCCUCGUUUCUUUCUCUCGGUGCUUGUGGUGUUUAGUUCAGCGGCUUGUGCAGGGCGUUGUGGAUAUGCGUGAGUAAGUGGCGUAGUUCAACAACACAGUUGAUACCCACAAUGGAAGAUCGCCUCGCUCAGGCGCCAUCUCCAACAACUCCAUCCUUGGACAUGUGUUUAGAGACAUCUGGUUGCGGCGGCAGUAAAGAUUCGCGGGAUUCUUAUAGUUUGAAUUUGUGUGAUGCGUACACAGAAGUGGUAUCAGCAGAUGCUUGUUAUGUUUCGAAUACCAUGGACUUGAAGUUUGAUGAGGCGCGCGUCUGGAAUCCAGCUUGCCUUAGACAUGGCACAUGUCGCCCUGGUGUUGAGCCUGGGGAGCUCAAGUAUGCCAAGUGGUCGACCUUGCAGAAGAGAAGUGAUCUUGUGACGGCCAAUUUCGGGUUUGUGGAUUGUAGUUUCCGGUCAGAUGACAGUGAAGUUCUUGCGCUUUGGGAGGAGCAGUCGGAAAAGAUGUCGGCCAACUUGGCUUGGCAGAAGCCACCUGCGGAAUCACAGUCACCGUGGCGAGGAUCGGUCUCGAAUGCAGUGAAGAAAAUCGAGAGCCUAUCUCAUGCAUGGGGACGGAUCUCGCCAAAUCAUCCCAAAGCAGUUGCAACGCUUGUCGACCCUCCCCGCUCUUCAGUAGAGCGCAAGAAAGCGGGCGGGCGGUCACCAUGGCGGGAUUUCAAGAUUAUGAGCUCUUCAUCCAUGAAGGACAAUGAGACGAUCAUGCUCAGUUCGCCGAAAUCACGCCACAGUAAGGGAUUUGAUAGAAACAUCGAAAUGGAGACCCUCUCAAGUCUCAACUCAGAGCUUACUCCUUUUCGCCGUGAAGACUGUUGCGAGAGUCAAUCCGACAAGUCUUCAUCUGCUCCAAGGAUGGUGGGUUUGAAUCUAAAGAUCCAAUCCAACGACAAAGAGGAGCGCUCACUCUGGAGGGCCACAUAUCAUGAGGACAGACUGCGAAAGAAUGGGAGCAAUGUCGGGGAAUCUUGCGUGCAACUACCUAUUGAGACGGAGAUCUUGUCAAGCGAUCCGGAAGUUGUCGAAGCCGGAAUUUCUAAUGAAAUGUCGGCGACGGCUGCUUCUGUAAUAAAAUUGUGCAAUGUGAAGGACAAAAUCAGUGCACCGCAAACCAUCGCUGCAGGUGUGGAAAGAUCAUUGUCGAGACGAUCUACGAAGGAGAUUAGUACGAAUGCAGGUUCUCAUUCAAUGGUAUUUCCUGGUGUAGAGAGGUUAUCUUCCAGAGAUGAGGCUAUGCUCAAUGAGUAUGCCGUCCAAGCAAGUGAACUGCAAGCUCGAACUGGGACCUCGCACUUUCCCGAAGCUGUCACUUCAAGGUUUCCGGAAAUAUGUGAUUCACCUGUAACCAGUACUCCCACCAAGGCAUUGGGACCUAUCCCGUUCCAGUGGGAAAAAGAUUGUGGGAAGUCUCAGGGAGUUGAUUCAGGUUCUGCAACUUCACCGGUCCCAUGUCAAAGCGUCCCUCACAUUCCGUCACCUUCUCGCGCAGCGUGGAAUCCAAAGGAAUGUGUCGACCAUCAUUCUGGCAAUGUUAAGCCUAAAUCUCCAACUAGCAUUUUAUAUGGUCCGGAUGAUGGACUCAGUCUGCCAUCGUCUAAUCCAUCUCUAAUAUCAGAGUACGAAGCCUUUCUGGUUUCUGGACCGUUAGUCCCAUCUUUAUCUCAUUCGAGGACACUUUCCUACUUAUCAUUUGAUUCUUUUAAACCUAUAUCUCCAAAUGUGAUCUGUGAAGAGAUUAUGAGCCCCAAAUCCAGUCCCACUUCUCCUCUCCAUGUGAAUACUCGUUGCAACAGCUUAUCCUACAACCAAGAAUUCGAUUCUAUGCGGAAGUACUUGAGCGCGGACAUCCGGCAGGAGGCAGAUAAACCACGUAGCAUAAGUGCGUUUGGGAAGUUCUGCAGGAACGGAAAGCGAUGGGUGAAGUCGAAAACACAUUCCAGCCAAAGGAAGAAUUGUAGCCCUGAGGUACUUUCGCCCAGCAGAGAAAAGCUCUAUGAGCAUGGUGCACAUACCGGCUUCUCUGCUCGUCUGGGCAAUGAUUUGAGUCUCCACUCGAUCUCCAGGGCUGAUUAUAGCCACGUCGAAGCAAGUUGUCUCCCUGUUUCAAUCACCACAGUACUUCGACGAGAGAAUUUGAGGAACCCAUAUCCGUCUUGCUCUGCCCCACCGGAGAGGUUGUCACCAGUUCAUGAACUUCUUUUCGAGGACUUAGAGAGGGAGGCUUCAGUCCGAAGGACCAGAAAAAUGUGUCGACGGCGUCGAAUGAAAGCUCGCGUGCGAGUUGGAAUAUACGUCAAAAUGCGCCGAGCUCUGAGGAAGAUGUUGUCGAGGUUCAUUCUCCGAGAUCGCAAAACAAGCGUGAAAGCACCAGAAUCAAAACAUCUGUACCAUGCCUAGAUUGCACUUAGUUCCGAAGUUCACAAGCCAAAACGAGGAUCGAGAGGAUGGCGCACGUGGAGUCCACUGAUGCCUGAAAUUCUUGGUAAGAACCUAUGUUAAAAUCUACGAGUGAAGUGUUGACUCUAAAGGUGUCGAUCUAGACUUGUUUACACAGAAUGAACUGUUGGUGUCCUCAUCAUUCGAUGCUCGCCUACACAGAGUGGCAUGUUGGUAGCUUCGUCAUAGCUGGGUCGUUAGUAAUGCGCGUGCCUUUGCUCAAAAAGGCAGUGUUAUUAGUCUACACUGUCCCUCUUCAAAGAAACCUGGCACACUGAGAGCGGUGAUGUUGUAAUAUCUUAUUAGUGCAGUUGAAAGCAACAUUCCGGAUCCGAACUGGAUUGCGAUGAGUGCUAUGACAAACACCUCAAUGCAAAACUUUUCCAGGCUCUUUGCCGCAUGGUCCAGUGUGAAUAAAUUCGGCGAAAAUAUCGAGCGUAUUUAUUAAGAUGUA